GUUAAGUUUCGUUUUUAGGAAAUAGAGAGAAAUAGUAGAGUAUAUAUUCGCUGCAGAGCUGGUUACGCUCAUUGAACAUCUCUGGCAGGAACAGGAGCCGACACAAAUGCGAGAUGGACAAAAGUAACUGGAUUUCAGCCUUUUUGAUGCUAUGGCUUCUCAUUUGUGUCGGCUCCUCUCCCCUCUCAGUGAUUGUCCAAGCGUCAUCAAAGGUUGGUCUGCCGGCUGUCCUGCCGUGUUCUGUAGCAUCACACAUGGCGUCUGAUCACACACCUCACAUUCAGUGGCAGACCAUAAGCGAUUCAGUGCUUGAGCGAAUGGGAGAGGAGCUGUUUCAAGGGGAGGCUUAGAACCGGGUGGAUGUCCCAGAGCAACAACUUGUGAGGGGAAACUGCUCUCUGUACCUGCAGGAUGUAAGAUUCAGCGAUGCAGGCAUUUAUGAGUGUUACUUGGUGGUUGGGAAAUCAAGUGUCAAGAAACAAAUUUUUAUUCAGAGCGUCCAACUUGCAGUUAUAGAUCACAAAGCCAUCAGAUCUGUGGAGACUGGGGCAGACCUGAUCCUGGAUCUGUAUACGGAUCAAGCUGAGCAAGUGAUUUUUCAAAACUGUAAUGAAAGCGACUGGACAGUCCUUUGGGAAAGAGGUGUCAAGAAAGGUUAUCUGAAAGAGAGAGGCAACAAGUUGACUCUCAGGAAGGUUUCGGCCCGCAGUGCCGGAACAUACAAAGUGCUUGACUCAGAGGGUUUGGCUCUCAGCACAGUGAAGGUCACAGUUACAGAACCUGUGCUACCAAAAGAGACAGAAACUCUGCAGAUACAGUCUGCAUCAGGUAAAGCUACAAUGAGUAUGCCACCAUUAAGCCUCAUUACUCUUUUCCUCACAUUUAUUCUAAUGCUUCAAAUAAACUGAGAUUGUUCUGCUUUUUAUUGUAUUUUUCAUUUAGCUUUUAACUGAACAAUUUUAGACUACAAUGUGGGACAAGUUUGAAAGAAACAAUUGUGCAAACCAUGUUUUACAUAAUGUAUUUUAUGUCUGUUGUUUUCUGUCUUGGGAGAUAUGAAAGCAAUGUGUGAAUACCUGAAACCUGUGGAUAGUUUUGUAGUAGUUAUUUUACUGUACACUGAAUUGUUAAAAUAGUUUUAAAUAAUAGUAUUAAUAUUUAAUAAAUGUAACAAUUAUAAAUAAACAAAUACAGCCAAAUUUAUUUUUUACAGUUUAAUUUUUAAGAUAUUUGAACAUUUCUUAGCGAUAGAUGCUAUUUACACUAAGUGAAAACACUGGAGCUGGCGUUUUGCUUUUGUGUUUUGUAAUGCUGACUAGCCCAAUCACACGUUGGUGGGCGGAGUUAGUGUAAAUAGCCUCUGCCAACAAGACAGGCUGUUUAAAUAGACAUUCCGAUUCAGGCUAUUAAAAUUGCUGACAUAAAAAUCAUAGCACACAUACAUCUCAGAGAUGUCUACUGUAUUUAAUAUGUGUUGUAAUCCCAUUUAUGUACAAUAUUGUAUUACCAGAAAAGAAGUUACUGUGAAAGAUUAAAUAAAAAUAAACUAUCAAUGUGAAGUUUCCACCCUCGGAACAACACACACAACAAGAAGAAUAUUGUAAGUGUAUUAUUUUAUU